AUGCCUGCGUCGAUAUUCGGAGUACUCGCACGGCUUGGCUUGCAGGCGCUUACCACGUACAACGGGCAAAGUGUUUUCCCGUUGGCUUACGUCCAGGCCACGGGGUGCUUUAUUAUGGGCGUUGGGUUGAGAAUGAAAGUGCCAUUUGGUAAUUUCUAUGGUCCGUUGUACACAGCUAUGACCACUGGGUUCUGUGGAUCAUUAACAACAUUUUCUGGGUGGCAGGUGGAUGUGUUUGAUUCUUGGGUGAACAGUGGUCAGUUCCUCAGAGGCGGGCUUCGAGAUCUUGUGGACGGGCUUACGAAGACUUGGGUCACCCUCGUACUAUCGCUGGCCUCUUUGAAAUUUGGAAUCUAUGUCUGUGGAGUAUUUCAGCCGUACUUCCCGGCCCCUCGACCGCCAAGCAAGAAUGUGCGAUACACGCUUACCAUCCUUGCGAUCCUCACAUACGCAGCGACGCUUCCAGCUUACUUCUUCCUGCCACACAAUUUCCGCCACCAAGCGACCGCUGCCCUCCUAUUUUCCUUCCCUGGCACAUUAACUCGGUACCUGCUUUCCAUCAAUUUGAAUCCCCGCCUGAAGACCAUGCCUCUUGGAACUUUCACAGCGAAUGCGUUGGGGACCGCUCUCCUAGGCUUUUUCCAUGUCCUUCAAGGCUUCCCAUCUGCAGUUUCCCCUAACACUUGCGCGUUGCUUCAGGGUUUAGGAGACGGGUAUUGUGGGUGUCUAACGACAAUCAGUACGUUUGCUGCGGAGAUUGUCGCAUUGGAAGGAAGGAAGGCGUUUUCAUAUACCAUCAUCAGUUGGAUUACUGGGCAAUUAUUGCUGCUGGUUAUCAUGGGAUCUUCAUUUUGGGGUGGUCAUGUAAAGGAACAGAUGACAUGCAGUUUCCAGGCGUCGUGA